GGGCCAUUUUGUGAGCAACUCGGGGCCAUUUUGGAGCCACUUUGGGGCCAUUUUACGGCCACCUAUGGGGCCGCUUUGGGGACGCUUGAGGGCCGCCACCUUGGGGACAUUUUGGGGCCAUUUUGGGGGCCACCUCGGUGACUCCAUGGGGCCAUUUUGGGGCCACUUUGGGGCCAUUUUAUGGCCGCCUACGGGGCCGCUUUGGGGAUUCUUGAGGGCCGCCACCUUGGGGACAUUUUGGGGACAUUUGGGGGCCACUUUGGGGCCAUUUUGUGAGCAACUCGGGGCCACUUUGGAGCCACUUUGGGGCCAUUUUACAGCCACCUAUGGGGACACUUUGGGGCCGCUUGAGGGCCGCCACCUUGGGGACAUUUGGGGGCCAUUUUGGGGCCACUUUGGGGCCAUUUUGUGAGCAACUCAGGGCCACUUUGGGGCCAUUUUAUGGCCGCCUAUGGGGCCGCUUUGGGGCCGCCACCUUGGGGCCAUUUUGGGGACCUGUUUCUGUCCCCCCCCCCCUCCAGGCCUACGUGGUGCUGGGGCAAUUCCUGGUGCUGAAGAAGGACGAGGAGCUGUUUCGGGAAUGGCUGCGCGACGCCUGCGGGGCCAACGCCAAGCAGAGCCGCGAUUGCUCCGGCUGCCUGCGCGAGUGGUGCGACGCCUUCCUCUGAGCCCCAAAAUCCACGCUUUUCACCCCAAAAUCCCCCCCCCCGAGCCCCCCCAAAUCCGCCCCUCCGCUCCCACCCCUCCCAUGGCUCCCGAGUUGGUACCCUGCAUCCCGAAUCCCGGGGCCGAAUCGCCGUGGCUGCCACAAAGGACGCAGCCGCUGAGCCCCUCUGGGGUCCGGGAUCUUUGGGGUCCCAAAAUUGGUCUUUUGGGGGGCAAAAAUGGGGGUCCUGGGCUCAAAGUUGGGGUGGGGGGACUCAAAUCUGAGCUUUGGGGUCCCAAAAUGAGUCUUGGGGUCCCAAAUUUGGUCUUUUGGGGUCAAAAAUGGGUUUUCUGAGCUCAAAGUUCAGCUUUGGGGUCCCAACAUCAGACUUUAGGGUCCCAAAUUUGGUCUUUCAGCCCCAAAAUUGGGGGUUCUGGGCUCAACGUUGGGGUUGGGGGAUUCAAAUGUGAGCUUUGGGGUCCCAAAUUUGGUCUUUUAGGGGGCAAAGUUGGGGGUUCUGAGCUCAAAGUUCAGCUUUGGGGUCCCAAAAUCAGACUUUGGGGUCCCAAAUUUGGUCUUUUAGGGGGCAAAGUUGGGGGUUCUGAGCUCAAAGUUCAGCUUUGGGGUCCCAAAAUCAGACUUUGGGGGCCCAAAUUUGGUCUUUUGGGGUCGAAAUUGGGUUUUCUGAGCUCAAAGUUGGGGUUGGGGGACUCACAUCUGGGCUUUGGGGUCCCAAAUUUGGUCUUUCAGCCCCAAAAUUGGGUUUUCUGAGCUCAAAGGUCAGCUUUGGGGUCCCAAAAUCAGACUUUGGGGUCCCAAAUUUGGUCUUUUGGGGGCAAAAUUGGGGGUUCUGAGCUCAAAGUUGGGGUUAAGGGACUCAAAUGUGAGCAUUGGGGUCCCAAAUUUGGUCUUUUAGGGGGCAAAGUUGGGGGUUCUGAGCUCAAAGUUCAGCUUUGGGGUCCCAAAAUGAGUCUUUGGGGUCCCAAAUUUGGUCUUUCAGCCCCAAAUUUGGUCUUUCUGAGCUCAAAGUUGGGGUGGGGGGUCUUAAAUCUGAGCUUUUGGGGUCCCAAAGUCGGCCUUCAGAACCCUACAAUGGAUCCUGAAGACCCCCAAUGAGUUUUGGGGUCACCAAAAGGGUCUUUGGGGUCCUAAAAUCAACUUUUGGGGUCUCAGAAUGGGUCUCCAGGGCCCCAAAAUGGAUCCCAAACUCAUUUGGGGUCUCAAAGUUGGGCUUUGGGGUCCCAAAUUUGGUCUUUCUGAGCUCAAAGUUGGGUGGGGGGGUCUUAAAUCUGAGCUUUGGGGUCCCAAAGUCGGCCUUCAGAACCCUACAAUGGAUCCUGAAGACCCCCGAUGGGUUUUGGGGUCACUAAUGAGCUUUUUGGGGUCUCCAUUUGGGCUUUGGGGCCCCAAAUUUGGUCCUUCCGAUCUCACCUUUGGGUUCUGUGUUCCCCAAAUCAACCCUUGGGGUCCCC